AUGCUGCUCCAUUGCAUUUGCCUGUCGCUCAUUUUCGGAUUUGCGAUCCAUACUGGGGUCGAAGCUUAUAACCCUGCUGGUCCUGGUCUUGGAUUGGAUCCAGUACCUCCAGAGGUCGACUGCAAAGAUCAUCUAGCCAAUUGUGACAGGAAUGCAAAAAAAGGCUUGUGCCAUCUUCUUCUAAGAUUCUGUCAGAAAAGUUGCGGACUCUGUGAGUGCAAAGAUGUCGCACCAGAUCCGACCAUGUGUCCUAGAGCGAAACAAUAUGGAUACUGCGAUUCACAAAGAGACUCAACCGCAUUCUGGUGUAGGCAAACUUGCGACCGUUGCGACGAACUGGAGAAUCUGAAGAAUCAAUAG